CCCUGUUAGCUCAACGUGCCUGCAUUUCAUCGUAACAAACAUCAUUAAAUAUAAAAAGCUCAGCCGCCAAGAGGUAAAUAUAAUCCAGAUCAAAUCACAACACCCAAAUCCCACCCAAUCGUCGCAGACAUAGCAGAGACACUAGACACUCCCCCUUCCCACACCCCCGAGAAGCCGUCGCUGUCCUCGGCAUGGACAGCAACAACCGCAACCUUUUCGAGUCAGCAUGCUUGAAGAACGAAGACAUGACUAUAAUCAUUGGCCCUGCCACUAUCUCAGGCUGGCCCACGAUCAACGAGUUCUUUGACAAGGUCUUCGCACUGACUACUACGCACAUCACGAGUAAUAUCCGCGUUGAGCUAGAGGAUGGCGCGGAUACGGCGAAGAUGACUGCGCAUGCGCUAUCGUAUCAUGCGAGGACGGAGGAUGCGGUUAAGAUGGAGAAUACGUCGUAUACGGUGGGGAGCUUGUAUGAUAUUGAUCUUGUUAGGGAUGGGGGGGAUGGGUUGUGGAAGAUUAAAAGAUGGGAACUGAAGAGUCAGUGGACUACGGGUGAUAAAGCUGUUCUCCAUGGGUAA